AUGGCUCAUGGUGAUAAUGUAGCGAAUGAUAACAUAGAUAAGGGAGGACUGACAUUCUUCGACCGUCUAGCUGAAGAUGCUGCUGAAGAGAAUUCAGCAGGCAGUAGUGGCGUCCUCUCAAGCAUAUUUGGACGAUUCUGGCGUAAUCAAAGCACUGCGGACUGCGAGCCUUCUGGCUCUGCCACAUUCUACCUGGGAGAGACAGCCUCACAGGAAAAAGAAGAUGAAACGGUUCCGGAAUCAUUUUCUACUAACAAUCCGUUGUCAUCGGGAGAUGACAGCAGUAUCUCUGCUCCAUCAAAGCCGUUAGCUAAUGCUCAGUGCGAUGCUGACCGAACCUCUCCAAGCGUAAAUAGUUUCAAUAGCCAAGACAAUGAGAGAGCUCCGAGGAAGCUUUCCGAUAAGCUGACAAAUAUGUUCAGGAGUGGUUACAAGCCGGGACUGAUGGACUAUAACAGGAGCAACUUCCGACAAUACUGGAUGCCAGAUUCCACUGGAAAGGAAUGUUAUCAAUGCGAAGAGCGGUUUUCAACAUUUAGGUAAGU